AUGUGUCGAGGAAUAUUUUGAGCACCACCCGGGUUUUAUCGAUCCGUCUUUAUUGGGCUCUACUGCCGUCGAAAGGUCGCGUGUCGUGGACAAGAUGUCCAACGCGUCCCUGCCAGUCGCCGAAUACAUUGACCGAUAUCCGUAUGAUCCCGAGUGCCAUUGGGAUGCGGAGGAUCUUGUCAUGUCGCAUCUUUCAUCGCCCAUUCUUCAAUUCCACUGGUGCGCCUCGAACAAGGAGGAGACAGAAGAAGAUGUACGGCCGACGAACCACUGGAUGAUUUUCCUUCAGACAGGACCUAACUCGUCCGUUCGACUCAACAUGCGCUCGGGAGAGUCAUCGCAAUAUCCCGGCCUGUUGGAAGUCUCCUCGACGAGAUACGCAUUCACCCAGAACUGCUGCUUCAGGGUCUCGGGGGCGACAGUUCCCGGCCUCACCGUGGAACACGUCUUCAGCCUUAUCAUCAGGAAUGGACGUGAUCGUUACAAAUUCACUGAUAGUCACGAGGGGUGUAGGCAUUGGGUCAACGUGAUUGCUAGCGAUCUAAGCAGCGCUGGGUGGGUGGAAUCAGGGGUGGCUCAGAGAGUCUCUCAAGCCGUCGUCUUUUACUUCCCUCCGACCCACAGCGUACAUGGCGCCCAAGCUCCGGUCUAUAGGCCUUUGGAAGUGGGUACAUUUUUCUGGUUUGUGCCAUGUCCUGCUUUUGGUUUUUGGCACAGAGAUUCUAAAUCCUUUCCAUAGAUCCCAGUCCAGCGAAAGUAGAGGGCUUAAACAAUCUGUCGAACGUCCACAUGAUUGCGUAUAUACCCACAUCUAAAUAAGUAAUCUUGUGUACUAAGUGGAGCCUGUGAUUCGGAAUAAUUCAAGAGAAGUUCUUUUAUUAUGGAGUUGCAAGCACUCUUAUGUGAAAGCCCCAUGCGACGAUUGACGUUGUAGACGAAGUAAUACUCACAAU